AUGACGUACCUAUCGAGAUUGAUCCCACUUCGGAGACUCCAGGGUCUACCAGAAGAUGUUGAGGUUGAUUUGGUGCAAAACGUGUCCUGGAACAAGCAGACAUUCAAAAAUUUGGUGAUGAACGAGGAAGGAAAAGAGCUCAUCUACGCCCUCGUCACUGAUAGCACCGGAUCCAAGCAAAGUGCGGGUUCCCUUCGAGGCGAAAGUAGCAGGCUGACGAUCCUGCUUCACGGCGCCGAGAGCAUCGCGGAACAAGUACAGACGCCACUAAUCCGUGUCAACUGCAACAAAAUCAGCAACAAGCCACUGCGACUGCAGCACGAGGCCGACGAUUUCCUCGAGCAACGAACUGCUGCCUUCUUGCGUGUGCUGAAAAACCAUGUGGGCAUUGUGAAUAUCACCACAAGCCGACUGCGCUUUCACCACGAGACGCUCGACAUCUCGCAACGCCGCAGAACAUGGGUCAAUCUUCUUGAUCUUAGCCACCGGGACCUACCGAAGCAGAACAACAACAAAGCUCAGCCUGCCGCUGGUCACAACAAACGCAUCGAUCUCGACAGCAUUAAACGCCAUGUUCACGAGCUCGCCGAGGAAGAGAUGAACGGGCACCAGAUCCGCAACGCCAUCACGGCGGCUGUACAAAUAGCGAGGUACAAAGACGAGAGGAUGACGUACAGACACUUGGGGCGCGUCAUCAAGUCUCCCCAAAGGUUCCAUAAGUCCCUCGGAAAGGCCCGGGGUGACGGUGCGGAUGAGCGGUUGUCGUGCACGCGAUAG